GCCGCCGCCGCCGCGGGACGGGUUCGGGUCCGUGUCGCGCUCGGCGGGCGCGGGGAGCAGAGCGGCCGCAGCGAGAGCUCCCUAAGCGCCCGCUCGCCAUGUCCAGGAAGAAGACCCCCAAAAGAAAGGGGGCCAGCGCUCCCGCUGCCUCCGCGCUGCCUGCGGCCGACGGGUCCCGGCCUGCGCGCCCAGGGACUGCGCGCCCCGGGCCCCAGGCGCGGCCCAACGGACCCCCGCAGCCCGGCCGGCCCUCGCUUGGCGGCGGCGACUUCUACGACGUCGCCUUCAAGGUCAUGCUGGUGGGGGACUCAGGCGUGGGGAAGACCUGCUUGCUCGUGCGCUUCAAGGACGGGGCUUUCCUGGCAGGGACCUUCAUCUCCACUGUGGGCAUCGACUUCCGGAACAAAGUUCUGGAUGUGGAUGGCAUGAAGGUGAAGCUGCAGAUCUGGGACACGGCUGGCCAGGAACGGUUCCGCAGUGUCACCCACGCCUACUACCGCGACGCUCAUGCACUGCUGCUGCUCUAUGAUGUCACCAACAAGGCCUCCUUUGACAAUAUCCAGGCCUGGCUGACGGAGAUCCAUGACUAUGCCCAGCGGGACGUGGUGCUCAUGCUGCUGGGGAACAAGGUGGACUCUGCCCAGGAGCGCGUAGUGAAGAGGGAGGACGGAGAGAAGCUGGCUAAGGAGUACGGGCUGCCCUUCAUGGAGACCAGCGCCAAGACAGGCCUCAACGUGGACUUGGCCUUCACAGCCGUAGCCAAGGAACUGAAGCAGCGCUCCAUGAAAAUCCCCAGUGAGCCACGCUUCCGGCUGCACGACUAUGUCAAGAGGGAAGGCCGAGGGGCCUCCUGCUGCAGACCCUGAACCUGACUGGGCACUGCCACCGCACGACCUCCAGGAGGCCCAUGCAAAGCGGGACAGAGGGUCCUCUGGUGGUCAGUCCCAGACUGAGCCUUGCCUUUCCUUAAAGCCUCAGUUCCAACAGGCUUCACGGAGCCGAUGGGUCUGCAGGCCUCCUUCGUGUGCUGCCGCCGCCGCAGCGCCUUGCCCCCAAGGCCUUGAUGGAAAAGCAACCGUGUCCCGCACAGGAGGGGAGCACCCCGCAAUGUAAGCCUGUGCAGAGAGCCUGGUCUUGUGGCCAUGGCACUCUGCUGCCCUCUCCUGGACACGCCCAGCUUCAAGGCCAGCCCCGGGUGUACCGUGCCUAACCCCUCAGAAAGCCAUUGUCUUCAGCGACACACGCUGCCCAGGCAGGCAAAGGCCAGCCUCCUGCCCGUGCCCGAGGCAGAGGGCCUCGCUGAACAGCCAGUCACGCAUCUGUGCCCCAAGGACCAGAGCCACGUGCUGCCAGCCCACACACUCAGAGACUGGUUCAAACACCAACAGGGUCUUCCUUCCGUGUUACCCUGAGGACACCAAGUUUGCGGCUUUGUAAUACACGAACGGCAUGUGGGAAAUGCUAAGACGUCAGGGAAGCUAGAGCUGCCAGCCCAGCUAAGGCCUGUGCAGAGCAAGGUCAAGCCAGGAGGCUGGCAGCGUGCUGCAUCUCGUAGGUUGGUGUUUAAACUAACAGUCUUUGUUUUCAGUCCUAGUGAAUAAAGUUGUGUUUUCUGAA